AUGGCAGAAACUGAUGAGGAGAUUGAGUUACAAUCGGCGUAUCUAGCUACAUAUCUAGUUCAACAUUAUUAUACAACAUACAUUGAAAAGACUCAUUGUAUGAAUUCUUCUCAAACUGGUCAUAUGUGGUUGAUGGAAAUAUUACAAGGAAAUGAAAGUAGAUGUCAUAGAAUGUUUAGGAUGGAGAAGGGUGUUUUCAUUAAAUUAUGCAAUGAAUUGGAAGCUAAUUAUGGAUUUAAGGGUUCGAAGAGAAUGUGUGCUCUUGAAAUAUUAGGCAUGUUUUUAUUUACAUUAGGUCACGGUGCUGGAAACCGGUUGACACAAGAGCGAUUCCAGCACACAGGCGAGACAGUUAGUCGAUAUUUCAAUAAGGUUUUAGAUGUUUUAUGUCAUAUGAGUGUAGAUGUAUUAAAACCUAAAGAUGUUCCUGAAGAGAUAUUGAGAGAUUCUAGAUACAUGCCUCAUUUUAAGAAUUGUAUUGGCGCAAUAGACGGUGUACAUGUGAAUGCCGUAAUUCCUCCUGAAGAUCAAGUACCGUUUGUUGGUAGAAAAGGGGUACCAACUCAGAAUGUCAUGGCAGUAUGUAAUUUUGAUAUGCAAUUUAUAUAUGCAUAUGCCGGGUGGGAAGGAAAAUAUUAUUUAGUAGACGCGGGAUACCCACAAAUUACAGGUAUUUUAGGACCAUAUAAAGGCCAAAGAUACCAUCUUCCACAAUUUCAACGAGGUAGCAAACCUACUGGCUAUAAAGAGGUAUUCAACCAGGCACAUUCUUCUCUUCGAAGUGUUAUUGAAAGAACUUUUGGAGUAUGGAAGAAGAGAUGGAAAAUAUUAAGAGAUAUGCCUAGUUAUCCAUACCAGAAGCAAGUAAAAAUAGUGAUUGCAUCAAUGGCCUUGCAUAAUUACAUUCGAAGGCAUGCAAAACGUGAUCGACAUUUUGAGAAAAUUAGAGACAAUCCAGAUUAUUGUGCAAAUAAUCAAACGAAUAUUGAAGAUGAAGAUGAGACCAUUACAACUUCAAAUUUAAAUGAAAUGAACAAUAUCAGAGAUAUGAUUGCUGCAAGUUUAAUGGGACAUAAUUAA